AUGCUUGCUCGUUGUUCAAUCAUUGCAAAACGUGCUUUUUCAAAAGAUUUACUUGCAACUAGAUGGAAAAGAUCAGAUCCAAAUAGAUAUUGGCGUGUUCAACAUAAAUUACCUAAAGAUGAUGAAGAACAUGGACCACUUACAGAUUUACCUGAUUAUUCGUAUUUAAGUAAGUAUUUAUGUAAAAUCUUUAAAGAAAAAAAAUUCUAUGAGUUCAAAAUUCGAUAUAAAUUAGUUAUAUAAUCGAAACAGUAAAAUUUUAUUAAUGUUCAAAAACCAAUAAAAUUAUUCGUACUAUAGUAAACAUGACUACAAAACGUAUAUUCAUGCUAAUUUUCAAUAGAAUUAUUGCUGAAGAAAUUCUAUUUCUAUAAGUUUUUUAACUUUCUCUUUCGAAGUAUUCAGUAGAAUUAUUGAAAACACAGUAGGUGCUAAAAUUAAUCUCACAAGAUUUAUUUUUGAAUUUGUUUUCUGCUGCCUUCUUAGGUUCAUUGAAAGGUUUUUUUAAUAAAUAUCAAUGUACUUCGUUUGAUUUUGUUGAGUUCUUUUUUU